UGGGUCUCCAAAGCCCCGCCCAUUUCUCUUAGCAUUAGCCAUUAGCCAUCGCGGCUUACGCCAGCUGAUCUGUCCUUUUCUCCUACCAAAUUUCUUUGUUUUUGUCACUGUCGUGCUUUUGUGAGAAGACUGUGAGAUGGUUUUGUUAAAUAGCGAUAGCGGUGAGGAACAGGAUUUAAUCCUAAAUGAGCCGCGCUGCUCAUCUCUACCCAGCUCUCCUGCUAAACGUGCUUCUCCAGCCAAAAAGAAGCAGUUCUUUAUUAACCAGGCCAUUCGUAACUCUGACCUCACUCCCAGAGCCAAGGGCAAGAAGAGUCUGAGACGACAGGAAAACACUCGUUUUCUUGACAAUCUUUUGGAACGGGACGAGUGCUCUAGAGAGGAUGGUGAAGGAUGUGAAACAGCCUUGCCCACCAUCUUCACUGAAGCCUGCACCAGUGGAAACUAUGUGGAGUACUGGAGUGAUUUUAUGAAUCGUUCUGGGGAGGAGCAAGAGCGACUGUUGGCUCUGCUGGAGGAGGAGGCCCGGAGGACCCACUCCAACAAGAGCCAUAAAGACCAAAGAGAAGUAAAUCCUGCCAUCAGUGCUCAGGAAUGUUUUCAGAGAAUUGAUCGGCGGCUGCGUGCCACGCUGAGACGCAGACAGAUUCCCAUGGGAGUGUUGGAGGGUCUGGAGUCCGAUCUGCUGGGAUUCUUCAUGGCAGAUCCGCACUCAAUUUACAUUACCAAACUCAGCAACAGUUAUGAGCGACUGCUGCUUCAUGCUAUCUGCCAGUACAUGGAUCUGACCUCUGCUAGCUCUGACUGUGAUGGUGCUCGACAGACUGAGGUGGUCAACAAACAGGAAGAGUUCCUCCCUCCACAGCCUCUGCUCUCUGCCUACCUGGAGCAGUUGAGCUGAACUGCUAUGAAUCCUGGCUACAAGCAGUACCAUUGAUGCUCAUCCAGCCUUCAAAAUAAAGCUUGGCCUUGACCUUGACCUGGCCAGUAUGAACUGUACACAUGGCAUUAUGUCACUGGACCUGGCCUGCAGGCCUUGGCCUUUAGGAUAGACUGUGCUCACUAGGUUAUUGUACUCAGUGUCACUAUCUCUUUCAUUCAGUUUUUAAAUGCAUUUUGGAGCAUGUAUUAGCAGAUGUUGUUACUACAGCUUAUAAGUCUUUAUACAUGAUUCUUUUUUCCAUGCUGCAGACAGAAUGUUUACAUUUACUGUCAUUGCAUCCUUGUAUACAAAUAGAAACAUAAUUGUGUGACCUCAAGAAGAGGUAGAAAAUGAUUUGAUAAUUGUUUUUGAUGUUCAUCUUAAGUUGAAAAUGAAUUGAAGUGAGUCUAGAAAUUCAUGUCCAUCUCUGAUGUUAUACAAGCCACGUAUAGUCAUUUCCAAAAACACAACUCAGGCUCCUACAAAAGGAUGACAUCAUAUAAAUCAGCACAUGUGUCGCAAAUAAUAUGAUGGUUAUGCAGUUCAUUUAUACCUGUGCGACCUGUUUGUUCUUACUGCACAACUUUUUACAUGCAGUUGAUUUGUGCAGACUGCUAAUUUACUUCAGCCGAUCCUGCCUGACAACUGAAGAGUGAUAGUAGACCUUUAUAUUCAGCAUUCUGUCACUUGAAUUUGAGCAGAACAGUACUUGUCUUGUUUGUUAAUCUUUCAUAAUUAGGUGUCACACAAGUCUUUUUUUCCCCAUUAAGGAUCUGCCAACAUGCACUUGCAACUAUGCCUUACCUGUAUACGCCAUAUUUGUCAGUUUUGCAUUUUUGUAUUUAUAUAUUGAGCCUUUACAUCAAGGUUAUUAUGGUUUACAUAGUGGAAAAAUCUUUUAAUGUUUUAUACCAUCAAGAGUCCUGAGUCACUUGAGCAGUUAUUGCAUUGGUGUUUGUAACCAAAGCUUGUGUGUGUGCUGAUUCUCAGGCAUUAACUAUCAUGAAUGUGGACUUUAAACAUUUGCAUUACAUUGCAUUAUAAAAUCACCUGAAAACCAAGUGUGUUGAACCAUUUUGAAAGGGUAGAGUGGUGCUUGGAAUAUUUAUACUUGUGUUAAAAUAUUUGAGUUAAAUGCUAUUUAUACCAUGGUGACAGGAUAUGAAUACAUACCAUAGAGUUCUUAAUUGUAUUUAGUUUUUGUCUGUGGUGAGAUAAUUAAAAUACCAAGUUUUUAACUGA